AAAGUCCUUCGUCUCAUGAUGUCACCAAAGUUUACCGUUCUGUCUUCACCAACACCGUUGGAAGUUCUGUCAUACAGCUGUAAAGCUCCGGGAGGCAUUGCUACGCCCCCAGUGUACGGUCAGCUGUUGGCUCUGUACCUGCUCCAUAAUGACAUGAACAAUGCAAGAUAUCUUUGGAAAAGGAUACCGCCCGCUAUAAAAUCGGCGAAUUCUGAGCUCGGGGGGAUCUGGGCGGUAGGACAGAGGAUCUGGCAGAGGGACUUCCCGGGGAUCUACGCGACCAUCAGCGCGCACCAGUGGUCCGAGGCGGUGCAGCCCAUCAUGGAGGCGCUCAGAGAUGCCACCCGGCGACGGGCCUUCGCCCUGGUCUCUCAAGCCUACACCUCCAUCAUCGCCGACGACUUCGCAGCCUUCGUGGGGCUCCCGGUGGAGGAGGCCGUGAAAGGUAUCCUAGAACAAGGAUGGCAAGCCGACUCCGCCACAAGGAUGGUCAUGCCCAAAAAGCCAGUUGCAGGGGCCCUGGGCGUCUCCUUCAACCGGUGUGUGCCCCUCCCAGAGCCCGCCCCAGUCCCACCCAUCCCCAACGAGCAGCAGUUAGCCAGACUGACCGAUUACGUGGCUUUCCUCGAAAACUGAUGUGUCCUGAGUUCAAGACCCACUUUCAGAAUGCUCUAUACUGACAAAUAGAGAAACGUAAAGUUUUUAUUUUCAAUCUAUUGGCUGGAUUAGCACCUCGGCAUUCCUUACGGAGUAUGUGAUAAAAUACAUAUAUAAAGUAUAUAUUAUAUAUUUUGUUCUUAAACAUUAUGCUGAAUGGUUGUUGAAACGAUUCUCAUUUUGUAACAUUUGACAAUUCGGAUGGAGCCCGUCAGUAUUACGCAGCUUGUAUUUCCUGCUGACUCCUAAAGCACCACCGCUGUCCGGCUUCCCGUGCCUGUCCCUGCGCAGCCCACAGCACGCCCCGCCCACCGAGGACGGUCACAGCGUCUCACGUGGGAUGAGGCGCGCGUCCCCAGCGGCAGUGACUGAGCCGCUGGCGGUUCCUUCCCGACCCCCCUCGUUGGAGAACGUGCUCCCCGUCCCCUCCUCUCCCGAGGGCCGCUCGCCCCUAAUGCUGAGCACAGCCAGGAGGGUGGACCAGAGCGUGGGCCUCCUGGGGGGGUGGGCACGCCCCUGCCGGCACGGCUGUGAGCGGCCUUGAGCAGCGCAAGCGGAAUGCUCCUUCCUCGGGAAGGGGGACGGCGGGGGGCCGUAUGUUGGCAGAGCAGUGAUCACGACCAGGGAUCCGCUUGGCAGCCACCGGUCACUCUUACUUGCCCUUUGCUUCCAGUUCUGCCUUUUGGAGAAAAAUACUGACCGAGGCUCAGUUUUUGUGUGAUGGCCUCUGAGUACCUGGAGGCAUUCAUUGUACCUUCAGGCUAACACCCCCCCCGCCCCCGCUUCAUUUAUUCUGCAUUUGUUCAAUAAAUAUUUAAUUGAAUUCA